GACAUCGUAACUUAGCAGCAGCAGCUAGCCAUCAGUCUGUGCUUCACAUCAGAACGACUCACAGAGGGCAACGACGUGAUGGAAAUUGAUUCUCUAGAAGCCGCACUCAAAGAUUUCGAUAAGAAGGUAAAGAAGGAGGCAUCACCUGUUCUGGAGCAGUUUCUAUGCCAUGUUGCCAAGACUGGAAAGACCAUGUUGCAGUGGUCUCAAUUCAAAAACUACUUCCUGUUUAAGCUGGAGAAGGUGAUGGAUGACUUUAGAGCCUCCGCGCCUGAACAACGAGGCCCUGCAAAUUCCAAUGUUGAGUCUAUUCCAUUUGAAGAUAUGAAGGAAAGAAUCCUGAAGAUUGUGAACGGAUACAAUGGAAUUCCAUUUACUAUACAGCGCUUGUGUGAGCUGCUCACAGAACCCAAGAGGAACUACACAGGGACAGAAAAGUUUCUUCGGGGAGUGGAAAAGAAUGUAAUGGUGGUCAGCUGUGUUCACCCAACCCUAGAGAAAAAUGGAUGCAGUGCUGUGAAUCGAAUGAACGGACUGAUGCUCCCCGGCAACACAUCUUUCACUGAGAGGAAAGUGAAUGGUCCUGGAACUCCCCGACCACUUAAUCGAUCAAAGGUGUCUCUUGCCUGUUCAAUAACAGCUAAUGGCUUGCCAGACAGCAUGGACAACAAAGAUCUCAACACAGAAAAUGGAAGUAAUAAAAGCUUGAGUGAGGUGUUGACAGCUGGAAGUUAUCUGGGAAACUCUGUCAAAACCAAACAUCUAAUCACAGAAGACAACAUGGAAGCCAAUCAGCUGGAAGUGAAGAGACUCAAAUUUAGUGAAAAGGAAGAUGCAGAAGAGGAAGCUGAGGAGGGGGACACACAGAAGCCUUCGCAUGAUGCCUCCCUCUCAAAAGAGGCAGAAGCCAUGGUCCAGGCAGAUAAGGAAGAAGAAGAUGAAGAAGUCCGAUACAGCAGGGAGAAUGAAGCUUCAAGCUGUGCUGCUGUAGCUGAACAUCAAGAACCUUCAAGCUGUGCUCCAUCUGAGAUUUGUGAAGGCUCAGGUCAGGAUACUGAACCAGCUAAAAGAGAGGUGCCAUGUGACUCUCAGGAGGACAGCAGUGACAUGGAUCAGACGGAACAGCAGGCACCCAUACACAGCGACGAGAGCACUGCCAUUGGCAGGGACACUAAGGAGAGCAACACUGACAGCAGUAGCAGCUGUAGCAUAGAGGAGAAUGCAGAAGCAGUCAACGAAGAUGAGACUAACGCCUCCUCCAGCUGCACAACAGAACCUUCUGAAAGCGGCGCCAUGGAAAGUGCCAGCUCUAACACUGGCACCGAUGAAGAGCCCAUGGAGCAGGACUAAAAGAAGCCCCCCUUCCAGCCAUGCCUGACCUUAAACCAGGUAGACUGUCACUGGGGAAGAGGACCCUGUCACUUUGUACAAGGGACAAGCCAAUCUUUCCUCUUUUGUGGGCACUCUUCAAAUGGCUACCUGGCAAAGAUGUGGGCAUACAAGUAUUUUUUUAAAUUUCCACUUUGUUUUUUUUUUAAUUUUUCAAAUAUUUUUAUUCUUUUUUUCAGUUGUCCCUAUACAAGGGGUUGGUUUUGGCUGCCUUAAGAUUUCUGGCUGGAUAAUUUCUCAUUUCUGGGUUUGAUGGAGUAGUUUAGACACCAGGGUGGUUUUGUUGUUUUCUUAUACGAGGAAUUUCAACAUUUUGAAAAGGUUGUUGUUUUAUACCCCGAAGCCCAGUGUACCAUAUUUCCAGGGUCAGAACAAAGCCAUACCAGCCUCUCAAUUUUUAUAAAAUGUAUAUGAGCUGAAUGAAGCACAUUUUAACUUGUCUUUAGUAAUGUCCUGAUCAUAAUGCCACUCAACAGCUAAGUUGUUUCAUAUAAAUCUGACUAGGUUUUGGAGCACAUCUUGUCCACUUUCUACUUAAAUUAUUUUAUCCAUAUUUUUGUGACUGACACUGAUAUAGUUUUGAUGCAUAUAACAAUCCAUCGUUUGUUAUAUUAUCAGUUUAUUUUGUUUGUUCCGUCUUUGUUCCAUGUGCCAGUUGUAUUUUAGAACCACUUGUUCAGUGCAAAGAUGACCUCUGCUUUUUUGUUUUGUGAUACCACAUGUUGUCCCUUCAAUAUUCAGAGCAGUUCCUGCAGCUGUACUUUUGAUAUUUAUAAUUACAAAUUCCAGUAAAGUAGACUUUUGUAGAUUGUAAUACAGUGUGUGUUCACUGCCUUUGUGAAACAAUAUAUGAUUGUAUAAUUUCUGUGGAUUCUCUGAGUGCUUUGCCAUUCAGUGCGGUAUUCAGAAAUAGCAAUAAAUGUCAACAUUUU